UUGUCAACUGCCCCGACCUGGCCGGCUCCCUCUCUCGUAUUAGAUCUACAGCCAUACACCGUACCUCCAUCCUUCUGCCUGUUGGCCCGAGUCGCAGUACAUUAGCGAUGAUCGUGUGCAUCGCAAUAAUCGGUCGACAGAACGAGCCGCUGUUUCUGCGAACGUACACCGACGCGGAGGGCGAGGAGGAAGAGGACGCCAACCUCCGCCUGCACAACAUCGUACACAGCUCGCUCGAUGUGGUCGGCGAGCGAAAAGUAGGCCGAAAGGGCGCUUCCGGCGCGGCGGAUGUGUCAACUGACAUGUUUCUGGGACACCUCUGCCCGAUCGACGAGUACCGAGUUUACGGCUACAUGACGAGCACUCGCCUCAAGCUGUUGGCCGUGUUGGAGGACGUGAACGAUAUCCGAGAACCAGAGCUAAAGAGGGUAUUUUCGACCGUGCACAACUUUUACGUGAACUACCUCCGAAAUCCUUUCUCCCCCCUGGCGAAACCCGUGGAUUCGGCGAAGUUCCGUCUAUCGGUAGACCGACAAAUCAACGACUACAACUCGUGACGAGUGGUCGUAUUGGCGUCUUGCUCGUGGCGCUGUGUACAAGCUGAGAGGAUGGGGCGGUGGUGGCUCACUGCCGAGCUUCAUCGACGUGUUUUACGCCACCAACUUGC